CGUGGCUCGGUGUCCAGAUCCCGACAAGAUUCCAGGGUUGCAGCGCGGCAUCCACAGAGGCGCAGCACGCAUGUGACGAUUUAUCCUAUCUCAUCCUACUGCAUCCCAUCCCAUCCCAGAGCCUCGUGCACUUUCCGACCAUGCCGAAUCGAUCGCGCUAGUCUCGCAUCGGUCUCCGAUUAGACUUAGGUAAAUUUUGAAACCAGACGCUGGGUGAUUCUUUACCCGCACCUAGGCGUUUUCUUUGCACCGGCCGGAAAGAACUGAUUAUUGUUGUCAGGGGGGCAGGAUAUUAGGCUCUGGACUACUUGCCUCUCGCUCUACGCUACUAGUGCAGGUUGACGCUACUUGCAAAGUUGCGAAUUCCUCUAACUAUCACGAUGACGAAAUCAGCGUGAAGCCGUGAACACACAAAGCCAACACCUAUCCCCAAUCUUGCACUCUGACCUCGGAUCGGCCAACAUGUUGCGCGCCAAGAAAGCGCUCUACGCAGUGCUGCAGGCCAACGCGCGCUCGUCGGCAGCCAUCACGCCGGCGCCCGAGGCCGAGUGGCAGCCCGUCGGGCCGGGGGCGGCGCACCUGCGCGGCGAGCUCGAGGCGCUGUACUGGGACGGGGUGCGCGGCGAGCUCGAGAAUACUGUGCGCACGCUGCGGGCGUGGCAGCAGCCGUCGUACGCGGGCGAGCUUCUUGCACAGGAGGACGACGGCUUCAUCCACGGAUACGACACGUUUCUCGAUGCUGUUAGCCAUGAGGCGCGCGCCUUUGCCAUCCGCUACGGCGAGAAGCAGGAGGCCGAUGCGUCGCAGAAGAAGCCUGCAGCCAACAGCUACUACAUCCAGAAGCCCAAGAAGACACACCGCGAAGCCCUCAAGGAGGCCACGAUAGACCACAGGGCCGAGUUCACCAGCUCGAGGAUCAAGGCCGCCGUGAGAAAGGCCAUCGAUGAAGUACCCCGGCUGCACGGAAUGGAAGCGCGGGCGUGGACGCUACUGCAGGCUACCGUUACGCUCUCGCAGUUCGACGAGCUCUAG